GUCAAUUGCAAUUUCACCAUCACCCUCUUCCGGUCGUCGCCCUCGCCCUCCUCCUCCUUCUUGUAACCGGCUCUCGCUUUUCUCUCUUCUAGGACGCAUCGAUUGCAGGCACUGAAAGUACUUCUCCGAAACUGACAAUGGCAUCCAUUCAACAAGAACAUCUGCUGGUGGACCUCAGCCAGAAGAGCCUGUUCAUCUCUGCCGCUGCCAUAGCGUUCAAUCCAACGUUCUGGAACAUCGUCGCCCGCCGAGAGUACCGAACGCGAUUCAUGACCAAGGCCUUUGGGGGCAAUGCUCAGACGGCAUGCUACGCCCUCGCGGCCACCAUCUUCUCGCUUGGUCUCAUCCGCGACUUCCUCUACGAGCGAGCCCUGCGCCACCAGCCUUCGCACCCCCUCCUCCAGGCCGACCUGGUCAAAUAUCUGGGAUAUGGCCUGAUCGCGUGCGGAAAUGUCCUGGUCAUCACAUCCACUUGGGCCCUGGGCAUCACGGGCACGUUCCUGGGUGACUACUUUGGCAUCCUCAUGGACCACAUGGUCACGGGGUUUCCCUUUAACAUCUGCGACGCGCCCAUGUACUACGGCUCCACGAUGAGUUUCCUGGGCUCAGCACUGCUGUACGGCAAGCCGGCGGGCAUACUGCUGACGGGGUGGGUGCUCGUGGUGUACCUGGUGGCGCUGCAGUACGAGAACCCCUUUACGGCGGGCAUCUACGAGAAGCGAGACGCGCAGAGGGCCGCUGGAAAGGAGCCAGAGCGCAAGAAGGAGUUGUAAGGCCCUGCGCUACACCUGAGACGCAGGGCGGAUGACUGGGUGUGGGCGAGUGAUGUGUAUUGCAGCAUGGAGUUGGGGAGGGGGAGGGGGCUGUUUGAAGAGGCGCAUCUUUUGGGGCGAUCUGGAUUUGCACGAGUUUUGGGGAGAUACAGAGAUGUUGUUGAUGGGACUGGGCGUUGAAAGAGUGGACUGGAGGAUUGCUCGACAGGCGAUGCAUGCUGGGGGAUGGUAGGAUUUGUGUACCAUCAUACAUACACAUAAGAGAGAGAGAGAGAGAGAGAGGGGAAAACAUAGGGAGGAUUACAGUACUGUAGGUGGAGCUCAUGAAUGUAGAACCAUGAGAAGGGAAGUUGUUGGCCUGC